AAAUUUCCACCUCCAUCCACACACUGAUUUACAUCACCACCUAAACCCCCCUGAUAAGAACCUUCACCAUGAGCUGCAAAAUUCCAUGUUUUACCUGAGAUGAGAUACAACAUUUAUCCUGACAUGAGAUCAUUCCACAAUUUCCGGGUGCUUCUGUGGAAAAAUGUUCUGCUUUACUGGCGCCACAAAGGAAUGCUGGUGCUGCAUUUUGUUUUCUCACUGGCUGCCAUGUUGCUCAUCAAAUAUGCCUCUCAGGACCCUUCAUCUCACCCAGGCUUUGCCACACAGACAAAAGGAAUUAUCCUUGAAGGAAUGGAGCCAGGAGAUUUGCCAGUGGUUCCAGACAUGCAUAAAUCUGAGGCAAGGUAUAUAAUCAAGCAGCUGGUUCCCAAGGGUCCCUGGGUUCUUCCAGAGCCCUAAUCACCAAGAUGCAUCACCUGUGGCUUCAAUCAAGCAGGAUUCCAAUGAUGCCUCAUCCCACAUUCCAGAGUGUGAGGCCAUUUUGAAUGAAGGCAUCAGUGGCUUGAUCUGCUCAGAGGCUAUGAAAGCAUUCCCUGGAACCAAUGUGGCUUUCAUAAUACUUCCUCACACUCCUCCCAACCCCAAAGAAAGGUGUUACACAUUUGUUCUCUGCACUUCAAAUGCUGCUGUGGACACUUACUUAAUGACUGAGACAGAAAUCAGGUCUUCUGCAGCCAAUUCAUACAGGUUGCAAUGGGCUAUGAAUUUGGUGAAUAAUGAGAACAUGUUGAAACAUGAUGAAGACAUGAUCAGCAACCCAGAUCCCAGACAACAAGCAAUUGCCCUCAAACUUCAAGAUGCUGCCAUCACAUAUGACAAGUUCUCUGUGAGCUUCAGAAGAAGAGAGAUUUUUGUGUAUGUGAUUAUCUGCACAUACUUGUUCUACAUGCCUAUUUUCCUCCACCCUCUGGCAUUGGAGAAGAAAUUGGGCAUCAAGGACAUUUUCAGAGCAAUGGGGGUUAGCAGAAUGCAAUACUGGCUUUCCUGGUGGACAAUAGAUGGGGCAAUUGUCUGCAUUAUAACACUGGUCAUCCUCUGCUGCCUAUACAUUCCAGUCUUCUCUCAAGAGCCUGGCCAGCACAUGUUCUCUCAGCAGCCAAAAUAUCUGAUUUUGCUGCUACUUUUGGCUCAUGGCUUUGAAAUAAUUGCAUUCACAUGCCUGAUUGCCAAUGUGUGCCCCAAUUCAUCAUUUGGGGUGACAGUUGGGCUACUGUUCAGGCUACUCAUAGCAUCUCUGGUGUCUGAAAUGGCAGUGUAUGGCAGACUUUUUGAUCACCCUUUGUAUGCCCUGGUACCAAGUGCACCCAUGUACAUUCUCAUGGAACCAGCAAGGGGUGCAGCUUCCAGGAAAAAUGAUCUUGAAUGGAUGGCCAUGACCAGUGUGAUGGUCUACAUGGUGCUCUUUUGUCUACUUGCUUGCUAUGCUGAGCCCCUGGUUCCAGGCAAAUUUGGAGAGAAGAUGAGCCCUGGGUAUUUGUUUGACAAAAGCUACUGGACUGGUGAAUGGGGACCCAGUGUGAUUAAGGAUCAGAAAGAAGAAAAUGAUAAAUUCUGGAGGAUUCAAGAAAUUCAACAGGCAAAAAGGCCAAAUGUGCUCCCUGAUGUGGCAAUUGUAGCAGAAAACUUGCACAAGGACCAUGCCAAAGUAUCUGGUUGCUCUACAUGCAGAAAUUCAACAGCUAUGAAAGGAAUAUCCUUUGUUGCUUUGGACAAUCAGAUAACUGUGUUCCUGGGGAAAAAUCACUCUGGGAAGACCACACUGAUGCACACCCUAGCAGACAAUCAAGCGGUUCCAUCAGAGUGUACAAAAAGGCAAAGGAGACACCAGUUGGGAUCUGCCCCUAUGCAGACUACCUGUACCCUGAGCUAACCCCAAGGGAACACCUUUACCUUUAUGGAGGCCUCAGGGAAAUUGAUUGGGGGGUUGUUGGGGAUGAAACUACUGUUUUGCUGGACAUUGUCCACUUGUUACACAGAAGGCAUGACAGGUGUGGAACCUUGUCUUUUGCCCUGAGGAGACUGGUGUCCUUACUUGCAGCAGUUGUCGGUCGUCCAAGACUGAUCAUGAUAGAUCAGCCAUCUGAGGGCACAGACAGACAAACCCAAAAUGCUCUGUGGACUCUGCUCAAAGUGUUGAAGGAAGACAGAACCAUUGUAUUCACCACACAGUCAGCCAAAGAAGCAUCUGCUCUGGGAGACAGGAUUGUCAUGAUUCAUAAAGGGGAAAAUGUUAUCAGUGGAUCCAUGGCAGAGAUUGAAGCAGCUCUAAUUCCUGGGCAACCUGCUCACCUGGUGAUAACACCAGCACCUGGAAGAAAUGCUGCAGACACAGACAUCCUGAUCAGAACUGCAUUCCCUUCUGCUUUCUUGCUCCCUUGCACCAUCAAAAAUGAUCAACUAAUUUACCAGUAUAAUCCAAGAAAUCAAGCAAAACUGCUGAUGGAUCAAAUAGAAGCAGCCAAGGGAGAGCUUGGGGUGCAAACAGUGAAAAUGGGUUCACAUGAUGAGAGUUAUGAAGAUGAGACUGCAUUUUUGCUUGCUGGUGAAAUGCCCACACCUUCUGCCAAGAGACCAAGAUCAUUCUCCUGGGCACCAAAUCCUGCACAGAACUUGCCAGAUGCCAGUGUAAGUGCCCACCUGAAAGCAGAGCUAUGGAAGAAGGGUCUUGUAGCUUUGAGGAGAAAAUGGCUCAUCAUGUUUCAAUUGGCUGCUAUCAUCUUAGCUGCCAUUGUUAUCAUGAUCAGUGCCAAUAAAGUAGCAUCAGACUUUGCUGUCAGCCAUUUGAGGGAAGAUUCACCAGAUUCAACAACCUCAAACCAUGCAGCAAAACUACAAAAUGCUGACAAAAUUAUAACUUGUGGGAAGUUGAAGGAUUUGGACAAAGAGAAAACAAGUUCAGCAGCAGGAGAGUGGUAUGCAUUCCAGGUAUCAAGACUGGUGAUACCAAUAUGCCUCCUUGUGUGCUCCUUUUCCUGGGGACCCACAGAUGAGAGGGUGAAGCAAACAAAGCAGCUGCAGCUGAUUGCUUCCUUGAAGCCAGGCAUUUAUUGGCUGACACAUUUCCUGGGAGACAUGACAUUAUAUUGCUUGGCUUUGUGCCUCAUGACUCUGGCAGUGUUGGCCAUAGAUGCUGGGACUGAUUCCAUUUUGAUACCUUACACUGGGGUAUUCAUGCUCAUUUUUGUGACUUUUGGGAUUGCUGGCAUCCUCAUGGCAUACUGUGCAUCUUUCCUUUUCAAUGGGAGAACCAACAGCAUAGCUGCUUUGAUGUUCCUGGUGGUGGUUGGGGAUGUUUUAUACUACAUCAAUGAGGUUGUCAGGGGAGGAGGCAGAGGGUGGCUCACCAGAACCCUGGCAGUCCUGCCAACAUUCUGUGUCCUCAAAGCAACAGAUGCAUUGGCAAGAACUGCAUUCAGGAUGCAAGUCAUACAACCCAUCAUCACCAACUACACAGGGUUGGCAAAAGUGCUACCACUUGAGGGUUUGGACUGCAUUGGCAUUGGGGGAAGGUUGGAUAGUGGGACAGUGAUAACCAUCAGGAACCUGGCUCACACACACAGAGCCAUGUUUGAAUGGGGCAAUGAAGUGUCCCUGUAUUUGCUUAUCCUUGCAGGAUCAAGCAUACUUUUAUUGACCUGUCUGGUGCUGUUUGAAGUAUUUGGCAACUUUGGGGACUUCACAUGUGGAACCAAGCAGUAUGUGAGAAACUAUGAAGCUGCAGUUUCAGGCAGGGUUUCAGAUGAUUAUGUUGGGGAGGAAGCAGACAGGAUUGAGUCUCUGGUGGCCAGUGAAAAGGUGCAUGAGGAACAUUUGGUAGUUGCCAAUGUAUUCAAAAGAUUCCAGAGGAAACUGCCCAUCAGAGGCAUUUCUUUUGGUGUCCACUAUGGAGAGUGUUUUGGACUGCUUGGGGUCAAUGGUGCUGGGAAGACCUUGGUUUUCAAAAUUGUGUCAGGACUUGUUCUGCCUUCAAGAGGCUCAGUGUGGAUAGAGGGUAAAAAGCUAGCCAGAAACAACUCCAGGGCAUUCAGGAAUGUUGGGUAUUGCCCACAAUUUGAUGGAUUCCUUCAUCUUCUCACUGGGAGAGAAACACUGGUUUUGAUGGCAAAACUAAAAGGCAUCCCACCAGGGGAUGUAGAUGCCAGGGUUGCAGAAGUUCUGCAUCUGACAAACAUGGGAGAAGAAGCAAAUGACCUCUGCCAAAGAUACAGUGAAGGCACACAUAGGAAACUGAGCACAGGAAUAGCCAUCCUUGGGGACCCAAAACUAUUGUUGCUGGAUGAACCAACAGCUGGACUAGAUCUGGAGACAAAGAAGAGGAUUUGGGCAUGGAUCCUGGCUGGUUUGGAAUCUGGAAAGCAUUCUGUGCUUAUGACCACUAAUUGCCUGGAAGAAGCAGAACUGCUUUGCGACCGCCUUGGCAUUUUGGUCAAUGGACAAAUCAAGUGCAUUGGGACUCCAGAUUUCUUGACUGGGAAAAUAUGUCCUGGGACCAUCCUGACUGCCCCUUAUGCUUUGGAUGUGGAAAAUGCAGAGUUCAGGGCAGCAAGAAAGUCAAUCAUCCUGGCCCUCGGCCCAGAAGGAAUUCUCGAAGAAGCAACUCAACUCGGCUACUUAGUCUUCAGGGUGAAACCAGAAAUAAUCAGCAUGGAGAAAAUCCACGCAGUUAUGCAAGAGACCAUGCAAAAGUAUCCAUUCCUGCUCGGAUAUGAAUGUACCUCAGCCAAAUUCGUCGACGUGUUCCUGAGGCUUUCCAAGUUGAACGAGCCUUUGGAGGACGAAAUCCCUGUCUGUCCCAACAUAAUUUGCUGAAAUUUCCCCCAAAUCUUCACUAUAAUAACUGAAAUAAAUGGUACAGUGUUUAUUUUCUUA